GUGUUGAUUUGAUUAGUAAAGAAUACAUACGGGUAUCCAAAUUUUCGUUACUUUUACAGCUGUAAUGUUGAAUCGCCUAGAAAAUCGCCUCUUGUAAAUGCAGCUUAAGGGAAGACCCCUUUGGAAUUUCAGUUUACAGAAAAUAUCGAUGCAUCGACUAUUUAUACAUCGAGUAGAAAAAUUUCGAAGCAGAACAUCGAUAUUUUUUCAGCAAUCCAAAUCUAGAUUUGUUGGAAAUACUGCGGGUGUGUCGGAACUGUUCAAUUCUAAAAAGAAUAUGGAAUUCUUUGAAUUCGAGUAUAUAAAGGGAUUUCGGUCAAAUAGUAUGUUGCUAUACACCAAAGAUGAAAAACAAAUUUAUAAGAAAACGAAUUUUUACAACAACGGAACCAGAUAUGUGUGCUAUAGCGAAAACUGUGGUACGAGUGUUUUCGUUGAUGAAAAUGAAAGAUGCAGGAGAUUAAAGAAUUCACAAUCGCAUAACCAUCCUACUCAAGAGAUUCUGAAGGAUAAAAUGGUCAUCAGUCAAAACAUUAAAGAGGCGUGUAAAAACGCGUCUUCAGAAAGAUGCUCAGCUCGAGCUAUUUUUGAUGAGGAGUGCCGGAAGGCAAAUAAUUCUGCUCAUUUAGUCAAAUACACGCAGAUGCAACGCAAUCUACGCCGAAUAAAGAAUAGGGUACCACCACAAAAGCCAUCUUCACCUGAAAUUGUAAACGAUAUGCUUUCGGAGGACCCCUUAGUAAUAAAGUGCGAAUUUACCGAAUAUGAAGUUAGUGAGCCAUCUUACCAAAGCACUAUUAUACAACCUAAAAAAAAUAUGGAAUUCUUUAAUUUCGAGUAUAUAAAUGGAUUUAGGUCAAAUAGUAUGUUGGUAUACACCAAAGAUGAAAAACAAAUUUAUAGGAAAACGAAUAUUUACAACAAAGGAACAAGAUAUGUAUGCUAUAUCAAAAGCUGUAGAGCGAGCGUUUUCAUUGAUGAAUAUGAAAUAUGCAAGAAAUUAAACGAUUCUCAAUCGCAUAACCAUCCUACGCAGGAGGUUCUCAAGGAUAAAAUGAUCAUCAGCCAAAACAUAAAAGAGGCGUGUAAAAGCGCGUCUUUAAAAAGAGGCUCUACCCGAGAAAUUUUUGAUGAGGAGUGCCGGAAAGCAAAUGACUCGGCUCAUUUACUCCAAUUUAAGAAGAUGAGACGCAAUCUGUUCCGAUUAAAGAAUAGUGUGCUACCAAAAAAACCUCUGUCACCUGAAAAUUUAAAAAAUAUGCUUUCGGAGGAGCCCAUAGUGGCAAAUUGUGAAUUUACCGAAUACGCACCUAGCGAUCCACUUUACCAAGACACCAUUGUAGAGUCUAAAAAGAAAAGAAAAUUUGUUGAAUUCGAGUAUAUAAAAGGAUUUCGGUCAAAUAGUAUGUUGGUAUAUACCAAAGAUGAAAAACAAAUUUAUAGGAAAAAGUGUUUUUAUAAAAAAGGAACAAGAUAUGUGUGCUAUAACAAAAAAUGCAGGAAGAGUGUUUUCAUUGAUAAAUAUGAUAGAUGCAAGAAAUUAAAUGAUCUGAGUUCGCAUAACCAUCCUACACAAGAGCUUCUCAAAGAUACAAUGCUAAUUCGCCAAAGCAUUAAAGAGGCGUGUAAAAACGCUUCCUUAGAAAGAUGCUCUACACGGGAUAUUUUUGACGAGGAGUGCCGGAAAGCAAAUAACUCAGCUAAUUUAAUCCAAUUCGGGAAGAUGCGACGCAAUCUAUACCGAAUAAAGAAUAGUGUGCGACCAAAAAAUCCUUCGUCACCUGAAAAGUUAAAAAAUAUGCUUUCGGUAGAACCCCUUGUGACAAAUACCGAAUAUGAACUUGGAGGACCAUCUGACAAGGGCACCAUUACGGAGUCUAAAAAGAAUACAGAAUUCCUUGAAUUCGAGUAUAUAAAUGGAUUUCGGGCAAAUAGUAAAUUGGUAUAUACCAAAGAUGAAAAACAAGUUUACAAGAAAAAGUAUUCUUACAACAAAGGAACAAGAUAUGUGUGCUAUAACAAAAACUGUAGUGCGAGUGUUUCUAUUGAUCAAUAUGAAAGAUGCAAGAAAUUAAACGAUUCUCAUUCGCAUAAUCAUCCUACUCAAGAGCUUCUCAAAGAUAAAAUGACCAUCAGCAAAAAUAUUAAAGAGGCGUGUAAGAAUGCGUCCUCAGAAAGGUGGUCUACACGUAAUAUUUUUGAAGAGGAGUGCAGGAAAGCAAAUAUCUCGGUUGAGUUAGUCCAAUUUGAGAAGAUGCGACGAAAUCUAAGCAUAAUAAAGAAUAGUGCACUACCAAAAAAUCCAUCGUCACCUGAAGAAUUAAAAAAUAUGUUUUCGGAGGAGAAAAUAGUGGCAAAGUAUGGAUUUUCCAAAUAUGAUCCUGGGGAGCGAUUUUACCAAGGCACCAUUAUAGAGUCGGAAUAUAGUUUUGCUAUAUUUAUGUCUCCUACAAUAAAAAAACUAAUCUUAGAAAAUAGUCAUAUAAGGAGAAGUUUUUACCUGGAUGGCACCUUCGGUGUAGCGCCAUCUUCAACAUUUGAGCAUCUGAUAAUAAUCCAUAUCGAAUAUUUGGAUCAUAUUUUCCCUUUCUUUUAUGUUAUGAUGACGAACAAAUCACAAGCUGCCUAUAUUCAUAUGUUACAAUACAUUAAUACAAAUUUGAUAGAUUUAAAUCCAGUUUCUUUCAUGACGGACUAUGAAGAAGAUUUAAGAAACGCUUUAAAAAGUGUCUUCCCUUUGGCUGAAUUAAGUGGAUGCUGGUUUCAUUAUUGCCAAGCAAUAAGGCAAAGUGCAAGAGAAAUUCCCAAUUUCAUUGUUGCUUUAAGAUGGAACAAUGCGCUUAGAAGACUCAUGAAGAAAUUUAUGGCCUUGCCGCUCCUCAAACCAGAUAUGAUAAACACCGCUCUUGGUUUACUCCAGGCAGAAGUAGACAAAAUGCCAAUGACAUCGACUUACUCUACUAUUAGUAACGAUUUUAUUGAGUAUGUUAAAAAAAAAUUGAUAGUAAAGGAGGGACCCGAAGGCAUUUCUGUCCACAAUGCAUCUAUAAGAACAACAAGUGCUAUUGAAGCGUACAAUUCAAAGCUAACUAUGAAAAUGUCGAAAAAUCAAAAUAUUUUUAAGUUCUUGAUUGUUUUGCUUGAAGAAGAUUUUAAGAAAAUUCCUAUGUUUAAAAGUGAGCUCGAUGGUACAUUUAAUGUACAUGAAAAACUAAGGCCCUGUCUUUAUAAAAAACGUUCCAAUUUAAUACGAAAAAUUGUUACAAGCGUUGAAAAUGAACAAAUUUCUAUAACUGAUUUCCUUAAUAAAAUGGCGAAUAAUCAAAUUAACUUGAUGGACGAGAUAUAUACAGGGCCCAUUUCUGAAAUUGAAAACUCAGAAAAUGAAACUGGAAACCUAGACAAUGAAACAGGAAACUCAGCCAGUGGAACUGAAAACUCAGAUCAUAAAAUUGAGAACUCAGACAAUGAAAUUGAAAACUCAGAAAAUGAAACUGGAAACCUAGACAAUGAAACAGGAAACUCAGCCAGUGGAACGGAAAACUCAGAUCAUAAAAUUGAGAACUCAGACAAUGAAAUUGAAAACUCAGACAAUGAAGCUGAAAAUUCAGACAGUGAAACUGAAAACACAGACAAUGAAUGCGACGAUGAAGCGCAUCAAGCAUGUUUGCCAAAUCCAAUGCCUAGCAUCUUUUGCAUGGGCGAAGAAAAACCUGUUCUUAUACUCCCUUGUAAUCAUGUAAAGCUUUGCGAUCCAUGCUUUCAUGCUAUCAGCGAGAAAGCUAAAGCAGAAAAAUGCGCAUAUUGCAGUGCGAUUGUAAGCAACGCGUCAAAGGUUUCAAUAUAAUGUUGUAGUUUAAUUUAAUUAAAUUAAUUUAGUAUAUCGAAAACAAAAACCCGAAUUACUUGAUUAUAGUUGUUUGUUCAUAUAUUUUUGAUACAUACUUAUGAAAUCACAUUUUUGAAUAAUUUAUCAUUUUAUUAAUUAUAUGGUACCUUUAUAUACACCCCGCGACAAAAGAUGGCACAUCAAUAUUUUUACCAGUCUUGACUACUUUUCUUUUGAUUUUUUUAAGGUUCCUUAUUUUUUAUA